UGAGAAGAAUGCCACUUUUCCAUUUGGAUCAUGGCCGGCACAUCUCAACCGCUCCUUGGGUCCUCUCGCAGCCCGCAGGGACGGCCGUUCUCGUCCACGGCUAUCCUGAUCGCCGUGGCCAUCGGGAUUGCAAUCGUGGUCGCGGGCCAAUUCAUCUUCAACGGGGUUCUGGGGCCACCUAGUGCCACCUACACCCCCAACUUUAUGGAUCCGCGACCCAACACAGGCAACUGCUCGCUGAAUUGGUUCGACCAGCGCGUGGAUCACUUCACGACGCUCAACACGACGUACAAACAGCGCUUCUACGUGUACGACAAAUUCUGGAAGCGCCGAGCGGACGGCAGCAAGGAAGACGGCCCGAUUUUCUUUUACUGCGGGAACGAAGGCGACGUCACGCUGUACGUCAACAGCACGGGGCUCAUGUGGGAGAACGCACAAGCGUUUGGGGCGCUGAUCGUGUUUGCUGAACACCGAUACUUUGGCAAGAGCUUUCCGUUCGGUGACCAACACAAAGACCACCUUCAAUACUUGACGCAUGACCAAGCGUUGGCGGACUAUGCCGUCCUCUUGCGGUCGCUACAGCAGCAAAACAAUGUCGACGUCCCAGUGAUCGCGUUUGGCGGGAGCUACGGCGGGAUGCUGGCAGCGUGGUUCCGCAUCAAGUACCCCACCACAAUCCGUGGUGCCAUUGCGGCCUCCGCCCCCAUCUUCGCCAACUCGAUCGGGUAUGCCGACAACUUUCAAGGAACCGACUACUGGAAAGUCGUCACGCACGACGCGUCGCCCGCGGCCGGGUCAGCGGCCAACUGCAUUCCAAAUGUCCGUGCGACGUGGCCUAUCGUGUUUGGUAAAGCCGACUCGCCUCAAGGCUUGGCGCAUCUCUCGUCGUUGUUCAAGACGUGCACGCCGCUGAAGAGCCGUAGUGACGUCGAAGCCCUUGCUCUGACGUUGAUGAUGGCAUGGGACACCAUGGCAAUGGGUAACUUUCCAUUCCCAUCCAACUACCUCACGGAAGGCAAGGCCGACAUGCCGGCAUUCCCCGUGCGCGUCGCAUGCGACCACAUGGCCCCGACGUUUGACCUGACAAACGACAAUGGGACGGCGGCGCUUCUCGUGGCGAUGAAGGCCGCGACCGACAUCUUUACGAACGCGACUCGGGACGUUGCAUGCAUCGCGGUCCAGGAAGACUACGACGGGAAUUGGGACUACAUGUGGUGCUCCCAAUUGCUGGCCCAGGAGAGUUACUUCAACACGAAUGGCGUCACCGACAUGUUUUGGGCCCGAAACAUCACGCUGGACAAGAUCGCUCGGGACUGCCAGACCAAGUGGGGCGUCACCCCCAACCCGGACUGGAUCCGCACCGUGUACGGAUCCGCCGACGCGCUGCUCAAGUCCACUUCCAACAUUGUGUUUUCGAACGGAGGCUUCGACCCAUGGAGCUCUGGCGGCGUCCUGGCUAACUCGAACCCCCAAAUCACCCUCGUCGAUAUCCCAGAGGGAGCCCAUCAUUUGGACUUGAUGUUUAGCGACCCACGCGACCCCGCCUCCGUCGUCCAGGCCCGCCAAACGGAAAUUCAGCAUAUUCGGGCAUGGCUCCGGGACGCGUGAACAAGUGCAUUGUCCGUGCGGCUGACUAGGAGGACGCACCACCGUCGUCCUAACAUCAUUCAUCGUAAUGUCAUGGUGUGAUUGAGCGAUUCCC